AUGCAGUAUGGCGCACCGCUCCACCACCUUGAAGAUAAUCUGUCACGCAUGGCCCACCGACUCCAGAUCUCGGCAACUUUUACGACCAUGCCCGGGCUUGUGCUUAUUUCGAUUGAAGACACGUCAACAUUCACAUCCGAUACCAAGAUCAUCCGCUGCCCCAACGGCUAUGACAUGCACCGACUAGAGCUAACAGAUCGGGUGUUCCGCAAAGUCGGUAAAAACGAGAUGGACGUUGGCGAGGGAACCCGCCAGCUCACCAAGAUCAUGAACGCGCCGCCGCUGUUUGCCUGGUACUGGCAGCUCCUUGUUUGGGGCAUCUCCUCGUGGUCAGUGUGUCUUUUGGCAUUUAGUGGGUCAUGGGUCGACUCGCUGGCCGCGUUUAUUCUGGGGCUGGGCGCUGGCUGCCUCAAUCUGCUGGCCAGCCGCCUCAAGGGCUUCACAAACUUGUUUGAAGUGAUGGUCAGCAUCAUGUGCGGCUUCUUUGCCACAGUUUUUCAACGGUGGAUUUGCUUUGGCGCGGUGACGCUAUCAGCAACAGUUGUGCUUUUGCCCGGCCUUCUUCUGACAACAGGUAUCAUUGAGCUAGCCUCGCGCAACAUGAAUGCGGGAACCACUCGCGUGGCGUACGCGCUGAUGAUUGCCUUUGUCAUCGCUUUCGGCAUCCGCCUUGGCAACGACAUCUUUGUCGAGAUUUUUUCGAGACCUAAUCGCGUGCCCGAUAUGAAUACAGCCGUGUGCUCGCCCGUGUCGCAGUGGUGGUGGUGGCUGACAUUCCCCAUUGCCAUAUCCACCAUCUGCAUGCUCAUAAACGUUCACCCGCGGCAGUGGCACGCGUGCAUCAUCGUUGCUGGCACUAUGUUUGCGGUUUUCUGGACACUUGUCAUUCACCUAAAUCUCCAGAUCAUCGGACCUGUUGUAUCUGCAUUUGUAUUGGGGCUGGCAGCCAACAUUUGGAGCAAGAUAUUCAAGCACAACGCCUACGCAAUCAUGCUGCCCGGAAUGAUGAUUUUAGUCCCUGGUAGUGUUGGUGUCCGCGGCAUUAUGUCGAUGUUUAGCGGGACGACAACUGGGGCCAGCACACAGCUGGCGGUUCAGAUGGCUCAGACGUCGCUGAGCAUCAUGGUUGGCCUGUUUGCAAGCAGUUUUGUAGUAUAUCCCCGCGGCAAAAAGCAGUCCGCGUUACUCACAGUCUGA